ACAGAUCGAAAUUGGCGCCCCUUUUUUCUUCUUUCUCUCUGUUGCUUCUUCGUUCUUCCCUUCUCUCUCCCUCUCUCGCUCUGGCUUUCUUCAUGAAAAAUUAUAAACAGUGGGAGAAAUUUUUAAACAACCUUUCUGCUUUCUUCUUCUAAAUACUUUUCCUGUUUUGAAUUCCUUUAUAAUCUUUAGUUUGUUGCAAUUUCUAGUAAUUUAGCACAAUGUCAUUGCGGAGGCGUACCUUGCUCAAGGUGAUCGUUCUCGGCGACAGCGGGGUUGGCAAGACUUCUUUGAUGAAUCAAUACGUGCAUAAGAAGUUUAGUCUACAGUAUAAAGCUACAAUUGGUGCUGAUUUUGUGACUAAAGAACUCCAAAUUGAUGACAGGCUCGUCACGCUGCAAAUAUGGGACACAGCUGGGCAAGAAAGAUUUCAGAGUCUUGGAGUCGCAUUCUACAGAGGGGCAGAUUGCUGUGUUCUGGUCUAUGAUGUUAAUGUAAUGAGAUCUUUUGACACUCUUGACAACUGGCAUGAGGAGUUUCUUAAACAGGCAAACCCACCUGCUCCCAAAACGUUUCCAUUUAUAUUGCUUGGAAACAAGAUUGACAUUGAUGGUGGAAACAGUCGAGUGGUUUCUGAGAAAAAGGCAAACGAGUGGUGUGCUUCGAAAGGAAACAUACCUUACUUUGAGACAUCAGCAAAAGAGGAUUACAAUGUUGAUGCUGCAUUCCUUUGUAUUGCAAAAACUGCUCUAGCCAAUGAGCAUGAACAAGACAUAUACUUCCAAGGCAUAACCGAGGCUGUUUCAGAGAGCGAGCAAAGAGGUGGUUGUGCAUGUUGAAUUGGGACAAAUUGAUUUGGCAGACUGGUCUAUGGUACCUGUGGUUGCCUGAUUCAUUCCUCCUUUUUUAUGGUGGUCCCUUCUUGUGAUCCCUUUUUUUUUUUGGGUUUUCUGAUUACAGAGUGUAUACUUAGCAAGCUCUUCAAUUGAAAUUUUGCUAGAUUUUAGUUCAAUUACCUUUUUGAGAAUCAUUUUUGGUAAGAGAUCUUGUGAUUCCUAGCUACAAAGUCGUAGGAUCUCCUAACGGGUUGAUUCACAAAGAGUCGUUUUAAACAACUGGAUCUUUAGAAACUAACUUUUGGAAGUAUAUGUAUUUAAAUUUCUACUUAAUCAGCCUACUUAAAACAAAGGCCACAUGGAUGCUGCUAUAACUCUGCGACUGCACUAAUGAACAGAGGUUCUGAUGUAAAUAAUAUUUGUGGUUGCUCG